AUGCGAGUGGAUGAUGAUCAGAAGUUUUCCAUCCCGGAAGAACCCAAAAAGGAGGCUGUAGACCCCCACUCAAAGGAGGCUGCAGGUUCCCGUGUCAAGGAGGCUGUAGACCCCCACUCAAAGGAGGCUGCAGGCUCACCCUCAAAGGAGGCUGCAGACCCCCGCUUUAAGGAGGCUGUGAGACCACCAAAGACCGAAGCUCAGGAUCCACGAAGUUUCAAAGCUGAGGAGGCUGUGAGACCCCCAAAGCAUGAAGCCGAAGAUUCGAGGAGCUCUCAACCAAAGGAGGCUGCAGACCCCCAAAGUCAAAGACCUAAAGAUGACGGAAGUGGAGCCAAUACCGCUUUCACUGAGCGAUCUUUGGAGUUCAUGGCACUCAUGAUGGACUCCAUGAAGGAGAUGCACAAGCGCCUCAACGAGCCAAAGGACGAAGGCGUGAUCAAAGGAGUUGAAACGGUGAGGUCUGGAGCUCCAGAUCUCCCCUUGCUGGCUCCGUGGGAGCCCCAACAAGGACCCUUGAUCCUUGGAGACUGGCUGUUGAUCAUCGAGCCCAUCAUCUCAGACCUCUCAACGUCUGCGAGCGUGUGGUGGAAGACAUCGGUGUCAGCAGCUGAAGCCUGGUACAAGGUGCACAUGGCCCUGUCUCCUCUGGACAGGAUUCAACACAAGGUUGAGACACCUGAAGAAGUGCUUCAACAAAAGUGGGAAAGGUUGGAAAGAAGGGUUGCGACUAUGCUUCUUCAAGCCCUUCCACAAGAAGUUCGUGGUGAAUUGGUGGCUGCCAGAAGGCUCACCACCUUUGGUGUCAUCACGCACUUGCUGGUGACAUACAGCCCUGGCGGAAUCUCUGAGAAACAGAACUUGCUCCGGAACCUUGAAGACCCUCCGGAGAUUCAAACUGUUCAAGAUGGUCCAGCAGCUCUACGACGAUGGCUCCGCUGGCGACACCGAGCUAAAGAUAUCGGGGCGGUAGCUCCUGAUCCGAGUCUUCAACUUCGAGGACUCUUAAAGAUGUCAAAGAAGACCCUUGAAGCGCACCGAGAACUUCAGUUUCGUGUGAGCCUUGUGAGGAGUGGUUUACAAGUGGACACGGUUCCCAACGACACCAAUGUGGAGCAGUUCGCAUACCACCUCCUUGCUGAAUAUGAGCAGCUCUCGAUCUCUGAAAAGCGCCCUGGGGGAAAUGCAACUACAUCCAAGCAGGAUGCCACAAAAGCCAAACAGAAUGAAGUCGAAAAGCCGAAGGCUGCGAAGCUUCGAAAGUUGGAGGAGGAUGCAAGACCGAAAGAAAGAGGAGAGUCCUCACCGCAGAAGCCAAAGGUUCAGAAGGUUGAGGGGGAGGACACUUCGUCAACAAGCUCAAAGUUGAAGGAAGAUGAAGGGACUGAAGGUCCAACCAUGAAAGAACUGCUGGAACAGGAGAUGAUGGAUCGUCUUCAACAACAACUGGAUCGAAUGAAGCUCAAAGGCCUCAAGAUCAACCAGAUCAACUACGGCAGCCAACAGGGAUUGGUUGACUCAGGUGCCACACACCCAUUGCGUCCGAUGCGUCUGGGUGAAUCCAAGAACGACUACAAGAAGGUCUCUGUGACCCUUGCCAACGGUGAGAGCACUGCCCUUCAAGUUACUCCAGGUGGUGUGAUGGUCUCCGAGCGCAAAGAUGUCGAGCCUAUCAUCCCCAUGGGUAUGCUGGUGCAAAAGCUUGGAUGCAGGGUUGAUUGGAACCAAGGAACACUUCAAAUCCAUCAUCCUGAUCGUGAACUUCUACCAGUACAACCUCAAGAAGGGUGCCCUCAAAUCCCAAGAGCUCUUGCUCUUGAACUCAUAGAUGAGCUGGAGACGAAAGCACUCCAGUCCAAGUCUGAAGAGAAGAAGUUUGAGAAGGAAAAGAUUUGGAUGCAAGCUCUGGUCGAAGCUCACCCUGUCCUUCGACAACUACCAGCGGAAAUCAAGAAACGCUUGGUGGUGGAUGUUGGAUCCUGGCGUGAUCUCCCUGUCAACCGACGUCAACGACGAAGACUUCAACGGGAUGGCUUCAUUGCUCAUCUCUAUGCAGGGGAGUCUGAAGGGUUCACACUGACAAGAGCCUACCAGCAACAGGGUGAGAAUCCAGCCGACAUCCUCGAGGUGGACAUCAAACGUGGGGAGAAUCACAAUCUCCUCAUGGACUCUGGAGUUUACAGCGGUUUGCUGUGCGCUGUGAUGAGCGAUAACGUCGAGGCCUUCAUCGCUGGACCCAACUGCAGAACAAGGUUAGUUUUGAGGCACUAUCCAAAAGAAAAUGCUCCGCGACCAGUCAGGGCGUGGGGAGGUGAAGAAUUUGGCCUCAAAGAUCUUUCUGAACAAGAGCGCUUGCAGGUGUUUGAGGACGACGUCUUGAUGUGGAGGUUCAUUUUUCUUUGGAUGGUGGCCACAUACAUCAGAGAAGCCAAACAAGUUCAACGACCAAUUGGAUUCCUCUUGGAACAGCCUGCAACGCCCAAAGAGUAUAUGCCUCAAUGCGUGUCGUUUUGGACACCAACGAAUGGAAGCUCUUGCGAGAUGAGUUCAACUUUGAGGUCUUCUGCUCAGCUCUCAAGAUGGGCUCCGGGCACAAUGAACAUGGUGGCCGAGUCCUUGAUGCUGCAGGUGAAGUGCCAGCCUCUGAAGAUGUGCCCUCUCAGCUGGGAUGAGCACAUAGCACAUGGCCAUACGCCAUAUCGGCGAGUUCUCUCGCUGGAUGUUGCAGGUCCUUUGAUUCCUGCCAAGGACUUGGGUGGCUUGCGAGCUCGAUGGAUGCUGGUUGGAACUCUGACAUGGGCCGUGCCAGCCGGGUCAAACAAGCUCCAAGAUGCUCAUGUUCCACAAGCUGACGGAGAUGAACCUCACUUUGAGGUUCACCCUGAAGAAGAAGAAGGUGGCUUUGACACCAAGAUCUUCCGCCUGGCCUCUCCGAUGAUCACCAAGACCGCAAGGGAGGUGACAAGAACCACAAUGGACAUGCUCCUCAGGCUUCGCAUGGAUGGUUUCCACAUCGGUCGCAUCCAUAGCGACAGGGGAAGGGAGUUUGCCGGCCAGUUCAAAAAAUGGGCCAACUCGCGGGGCAUAGCUUUGUCUCGCACCUCGGGCGAUGAUCCCAGAGCAAAUGGCCGAGUUGAAGUAGCCAUCAAGACCCUCAAAACUCAGGUGAGGCGAUUGCUGAAAGCUGCUGACGUUGGCAGUGAACUCUGGCCCCUUGCAGCUCGAUAUGCUGAUGCCCUGAACCGAAGCUGGAGGAUUGGAGAAGAGCCGAAGUUUCCACCUUUUUUGCAAGAGGUUUUGGUGAGGAGAAGAACAUGGAGAAAGGGUGUUUUUGAGCCCACGACGGAAACGGUUCAAUACCUUUUUCCAGCAACAGAAGAACAUGGCCACUGGAUCCUUCCGAAGGAUGAGCCGCCACGAGUGACGAGGUAUGUCAUGAAGAAGGCCAAAGACCCCGUCUCUGAGCACCAAUGGCUCGCCUUGGAAAAGGACACCGUGGAUGCCCUCUUGGUCCGCCGAAGACUUCGAGGAAAAUCAGCGAUCAGAAAGAAGAUGGCAGCUGAGACGAAUGAAGAAGAAGAGGUCUUGCAGACACGAAUUGUGUCACCACGUGAAGUGGCCGAAAACUGGAGCGAUUGGCUCCCGGCCAUCACCAAUGAGGUUGACUCCUUGCUCAAAGAAAAGGAGGCCUUCAGAGAAAUCUAUCCAGAGGAACUCCACAAGAUGCAGAAGGAGGCUGAAAGGUCAGGAAAGGGGAUUGAGUUCAUCCCAUCCAAGCUGGUCUUUACCAGAAAGCCAGGGCCAGAAGGAGGAAAGAAAAAGAUGAGGUGGGUUGUUUGUGGCAACUUGGAACCGAAGAAAGAACAGGAGGAUAACUUCAGUUCAGGUGCAGAUGCCUCCGCCCUGCGCAUUCUAUGUUGGUGCUGCGCACUUUACCCAUGGGUUGCCUCAACUCUCGAUGUGCGCACAGCCUUCCUCAACGCCAAGAUGGUAUUGGCCGAUGAUGAGGAUCCAAUCCUGAUCAAACCUCCUGCUCUCCUGGUCGAGAAGAAGUACCUGAGAAGAGAUGUCUACUACCUGCCUGAAAAAGCGAUCUAUGGGUUGCGACGGUCUCCAAGACUGUGGGGCCUCACCAGGGACGAGACCAUCUCUGACUUCUCAAUCCAGGGGGAGCACAAUGGAAAGCACAUGGAGUUCAUGCUGGAGCCUUUGCAGUCCGAACCCAACUUGUGGAAACUGCGAAAUGCCCUUGAACCAGAAGACACCACUCUGUAUGGUCUUUUGAUGACGUACGUGGAUGACCUGAUGCUGGCAUCAUCUCCAAACUUACUCCAAGCCAUGCAGGCCAAGAUCCAAUCGACAUGGACCACUUCAACACCAGAGUUUGUCGGCCCGGAACCUGUCAGAUUUCUGGGAAUGGAGAUCUCAAAAGAAUGGAAAGAGGAGUUUCAAAGAGAUGUUUGGAUGGUGACGCAGCAGUCCUACACCAAAGACCUCACACAAAAGGAUCCUGAAGUCAAGCCAAAACGGAUCCCUUUGACCAGAGAUCAAUCAGCCAUGGAACCAAAUGAGGCUGAGAUCACACCUGAGCUGAUCCGCUCCUGCCAAAAAGCUGUUGGCGAAGUCUUGUGGCUGACAACCCGGGCACGGCCAGACAUCAUGUACGCUGUAAGCCGCAUGGGCUCAUCAUCCACGAGGGCACCACAUGCCGUUUUGGCAGCCGCACUCCAGCUCAAAGGCUACCUGAUGGCCACUUCAGAUGAAGGGUUGAUGUUCAAUGUGAAAGAAGGUGAAAGCCCCGUUUUGACGGUGUACACUGAUGCAGGUUUUGCGCCGGAUGCACAGGAGAGCCAUGGAUCAUUUGUGGUCCUGCUGGGCACAACUCCAAUUUUCUGGAGGUCGGGCCGCCAGAGCUACAUCACGCUCUCAACUGCUGAAGCAGAGCUCACUGAGAUCGUGGAGGGCAUGAUAGCUGGUGAAUCGAUCUACGUGAUCCUGGCAGAGCUCUUCCCUGUGGUCCACAAGCUUCUCAAAACUGACAGCCAGUCAGCACUUGCCAUCUUGUCCAACGAUGGUGGUAACUGGCGAACCCGCCAUUUGAGGCUGAGGUGCUCCUUCGCAAGGCAGUCGAUCCUUGCGGGUGAAUGGGUCAUUCAGCAUGUGGCUGGUGAGUUCAUGAUUGCCGACAUCGGCACCAAGCCACUCACAGCGGCACGACUUGAGUUCCUCAAAAAGUUGAUGGGGAUGGGAAAACUGGUAAUCAAAGAUGAAGUGAAAAGUAUGGAAGUUGAAGAAAAGAAAGAAGGAGAAAAGCAGGACGGUCUUUUGACCACCAAGGAAAAGACCAAAGUCGCGGAGGCAGCCCAAGUUUUGAGGCUGAUCACUCUUGCAGCGUCAAUUGCUGCAGUCAAAGCGGAAGAGGGGGAGAAGGAGCACGAAGAGACCUAUCCUUUUGAGGUCAUCAUUGCCUACACCUUGGGAAUCAUCAUUUUGACGUUGGUGGCGCAGCGAAUCUGGAAUGCAGCAGUACGAGGGGUCAUCGUCGUACGACAGUAUGUUUUGGCCAACCUUGGAAGACUCUCCAUGAACGCUGUGCGAAAGGAGGAAGAGAUCCCCGAAGGAGAUCAAUCUGAAUCGCUCCCGGCAUCAAAUGAAAGCCGGUCCACCGACUCAAAUGAUGGUGAUCAAGUACCACCUCAAGCUCCGCUUCCAAUUCCUGAAGAUCCGCCCUCAACAUCAGAAGCUCCGCGACCAGAACAGGCGAUCAACGUGGUUUUACAAUCAGAAGCUACCCAGACUGGAAUUCUUCCUGGGUAUAUUGCGAACGUGGCCCAGACUGGAAUAUUUCCUGGGCCUGAGUCCGAGGUGAUCCAGACUGGAAUAAUUCCUGGAUCCGACUCACGAAUGACCCAGACUGGAACAUUUCCUGGGUUUAACGAUCGCGAUGCCCAGACUGGAACGAUUCCUGGGCAUGAGACAUCGGCACUUUUUCAAAGUCAAGAAGAACGAGCCGCUGCUCUCGAGAUGCUUCGUCAACAUGAUGCGACGAUGGUUAACUAUGAAGCUGAGUGGAAUCAGAUUCUCAGAGAAGAAGAUCGAGUUCGUGAUGAGCUCACCAAUGCUCAGCCAGGACAUCCCAUUUUGGGACCUAUGAAUGCUCCACAAGCUGAACCAGCGCUACCACUCCUGCCCUUCGAAGUGAUCACUACGCGGUAUGGAACCGUGUAUCACAAUCGGUUGGACUGCCGGUAUCUCACUGCGCCAAUGACUGGACAUGCACGACUCCAUCGAUGGUGCGCCAAGUGUCGAGCCGAAGCAGCCCAGACUGGAAGAAUUCCUGGGCAUGGAUUUGCAGUGCUGAUCAGCGGCCGAGAGAUCGAUUUUCAUACUGAUGUGACAUGUGAAGAAGCUGAAAGGGCUUCCACUUUUGCACUCUGCACUGCAUGCCUUGAAGGUACUUGA